GCUUUAGUGCCAUUUAUGCUUACCAUCAAGGCUACUAUCUUAUUAUUAAAGUACAUGGUACUUCGCAUUUUUACAAGCUUAGAGUGAUCAGUUACUUGUAAUCGUUGCUAUUACAGGAAGGUCAGUUGAUAUUUUGAGAGGAGCUAGCAUUAGCCCCACGUCCCUUUUUGGCAGUCUGGUAACUUCGGCUGUUAGCAGCAUAAGCUGAAGUCUUCACAGAGGGACAAGGUACGGCAGUUCAUGUCCUUCACACAGGCUGGGGAGAAGACAGCUGUGUACUGCCUCACACAAAAUGACUGGAAACUAGAGGUUGCAACAGAUAAUUAUUUUCAGAACCCAGAACUUUACUGUAAGGAAUCCAUGAAAACAUCAGUGGACCGGAAAAAGCUGGAGCAGCUCUACAAUCGCUACAAAGAUCCUCAAGAUGAGAACAAGAUCGGUAUUGAUGGGAUCCAGCAGUUUUGCGAUGACCUCUCACUGGAUCCAGCCAGCAUCACUGUGCUGGUCGUUGCGUGGAAAUUUCGCGCUGCCACUCAGUGUGAGUUCACCAAGAAGGAGUUUCUGGAUGGAAUGACAGAACUUGGGUGUGACAGCCCUGAAAAAUUAAAGGCCCUUUUGCCAAGAUUAGAGCAGGAGCUAAAAGAUAGCGGGAAGUUCAAGGAUUUCUACCAGUUCACUUUUAACUUUGCCAAAAAUCCUGGACAGAAGGGUCUUGAUUUGGAGAUGGCUGUAGCCUACUGGAACCUGGUUCUGUCAGGACGAUUUAAGUUCCUGGAUCUUUGGAAUAGAUUCCUUUUGGAGCAUCAUAAACGAUCCAUCCCAAAGGACACAUGGAACUUAUUGUUGGACUUUGGUAACAUGAUUGCAGAUGACAUGUCAAACUAUGAUGAAGAAGGUGCGUGGCCAGUCCUUAUAGAUGAUUUUGUGGAAUUUGCUCGACCAAUUGUUACAGGAUCAAAACGUAAAACUCUCUAAAUCCAAUCCCAACUCUGGAAAUCCAGAACUUUGUUUCUUUUACAGCAACAUCAUAGUUUUUUUAAGACUUGUACAAAAAUAAAAAAUAAAAAAAAGCAAAACUUGUUGACUUCAGAAAAAACAGGAGCACUUGAAACUGUCAGGAAACCACCUUUCAGGGAGCUGAGUAAAAACUAUGACACCUGGCCGCAUUUUCUGUCCUCUUGAGACUGAGGCAUCAUAUGGACAUUGCCAGAGUCUCGAUAUCCUGGACGGCCCACUGCUCUGCUCCAGGAGGAGCGCCACCGCCCCGCAGGUGGGCAUGGACACAGCACUGAGAGGAGGUUCACUGGCCGCUUGUACUCUUAAGUGGACUGGAGUGGAGAAAGCCGUGUGUUUUAAGAUUCUUUCUAGUCAGCUUUGGUUUGUUAUAAGAAGCUCUGAAUGACUUUGCAAACAUCCCAUGUCUUACUCUAACUUUGGGGACUGAGUGCUCACUACACCAGCACCAACAGAACUGUUGCAGUUUUUACUGUACAUACUGUAUCUAUUGGGACAGUUUACAAAGAGAGCUAUAUGAAGAAUAAUAUAAAUAUGUUCAAUUUAUAAAUACAAAAGAUGAUUGUUUUAUGUACAGUAAAUGCUAAGAUCUCUAACAGGAUGCCUCAAUAUUGUUGAUAUGCUGUUGGUUUAAUUGUUUGGUGGAUGUCAAGUCAUGGAAUUGUGAGCUUUUCAUUGAAAGCAUGUUGAACUCAUUUUACGUCACCUUGGGCUGGUUUCAUAAAUAAAUUUUCACUAAAGUAAAAGGAAGUUCUUUAAUUUAAAUAAUAGAUACUGAUUUGUGGUAUUCCUUUGUCUGGAUAAUCUCAGUUGGAAGUGGUUCUAAAUGUAAUGUCCGUUCUACAGUUUCUUUUUUUUUUUUUUUGAAAAAGGAACUUUGUUUUAUCAUUUUUACCCCUGAGGAUUUUUUUUCAUGCAAAAAUUACUUCUGCAGCAUUUAAGAUAACUUUAAAGUAAAGAAAUGACAGACCUUUAGGAUUGCAUGGCACAUAUCUGUAUGUUAUGGCAGCGGGAAUCCCUAAGUUCAGAUGUCAGGACACUAAAGAGGGCAACAGGAUGAUAAAGUAAGCCUUAAGAAUAAAUACCUGACUGAUAUUUAUGUUCCUGUUCCACCUCAUCUGUUCAGUGUUACUGAAGAUAGUGAUCAGAACAUAUUGUUGAUACAUCAUGUAAGUAGCAUAACUAUAUUGUUGAUUUAAGAAAGAUGAAUAAAGCAUGAGAUUUUCCAUAA